GUCAACUUUGGGAUUUCCGUGUGUGUUUUGUGAAGAAGACGGAACCUUGAAAACUUACUGAGUGUUGAUUGGAUUUCAAAAGGCGGAGGAGGAGCUCCAUGUGAACAGGUGCCACGCCCCUACCCGCCACCACUCUUUCUUUGUCUGUCAAUCCGGGUUCUGAUCCUCUUGGGGACUCAACAUGGGCGAUCAAGACGAGAUUUCCGAUUCGGAUAAGGUCCGGAUUGCGUCGGAUUUCAUUUUGCACAGUCCGCCCGGCGAGUUCAACGAGGUCUUCAAUGACGUUCGGGUGCUACUCAAUAAUGAUGCUUUACUGAAAGAAGGAGCCACGGGUGCCUUUUCCCAAUACAAUAAGGAUCAAUUGACGCCCGUGUCGAUUGACGGUAGUGAUUUCGCGUGUGUGAUCAGUGACUUUAAUGAUUUGGGCCAAGGACGCUUUGGUGACCCUCGGACACGCCAGUCCUUCAGAUAUGACCAUCUCAGGAAAGAGGCCUCGGACUUGCAGCCCUGGUCGCCGGAUAGUUCCCUGGAAGGCCUACGAAGUGCCAUCGAGAUGGAAGCCACCAGCUACAUGUUGAACCAUUUCAAGCAUGGUGCUUGCAGCACCUUCUCCACCACCGGGGCCGAUGGGCAAAAGGCUAUUGUUGUCUGUAUCGAGGAUCACCAAUUUCAGCCUAAGAACUAUUGGAACGGUCGUUGGCGAUCUGUUUGGACAGUGUUGGUCUCCGGGAAUUCGGCUGAUGUCACAGGCAUCCUCAAGGUUCAAGUUCAUUACUACGAGGAUGGAAACGUACAACUGGUGUCCUCCAAAGAGGUUAAGGAGGCUAUAUCCGUCACGUCCGAAGAAGCCGCGGCGAAGGAUUUGGUGCGUUUGAUGGAAGACAGUGAAUCCGACUAUCAAACCGCCAUAUCUGAGAAUUAUCAAACCAUGUCGGACACGACUUUCAAGGCCCUCCGUCGGCAAUUGCCCGUCACUCGCACCAAGAUCGACUGGAACAAGAUCGUCAGUUACUCCAUUGGCAAGGAGCUCAAGACGCAGUGAUAGCUUAGUAAUGCGUCCGUGGAUCCAUACCCCGUGUAUUCUAUUUUUGGGCCUCUUCUUUAGCCACGCUUUGUUCUCCUUUUCAUAUGGUACAAUAAUUAUGAUUUCCACUAGCCAUGAUAAUUUGGGAAGGUCCUCGAGAAAGCCAAAGGGCCUCAUGUGAUUGCUUCAACCAUGAAUUAAAAUCCAACAGUAAAGCGAUUUUCAAACCUUGAUUCCCAUAUAACGCUCCCAGCAACCAGCAAUUCAUCGUACAUUCAACCGUGAUGAGCCCUCCAAAUAGUCCCGACACCAUUUCUCGCUCGCCUUUGAAUUUUCCACGAAAUCGUCUGCGGUUACAAAUGAUUGAAUAGGCACUUUCAGCCUCAACUAACCAACAAUAUCCCACUGAUUUUGGAUUAAACAUGGAGAGAAAACCAA